UCUAUCAGCACUUUCAAUUUAAUGUACCCACCCAGUAGUCUUUUGUCUAAUUCGGUAUAGUUGCAUUAUUCUAUUUCAGCAGAGCUUCAGAGACACAAGCAAGGUGUACAAAGCUUUGUUUCCAUAGCCAACUCAUAAUUUCUGAAAAUGGCCAGAAGAUGUUCCCAUCGUGAAUUUGAAGAAAGAAUCGAAGUCAAGCCCUCGGUAGAACUGAUUCCAGACGAAUUUGAGCACCAUACUGAAGAUGGCAGCGAUAUCGUGAUACACGCUUUUAUCGACGAUACAGAGGAUGACCUUAAGAAUGCCCAACAGUUUUUCGAUUCUCUAAAAAGCAUUGGAUAUUCGGAUCUCAAUCGGCAUAUACACAAUUUGGAGAGAAACGAUUUUCUUACGGUUAUAAAGUACAUUCAAGACGAAGCAAAUAACUCUAAUACAAAUGGUCUAAUGCUAUUUUUCUCCUGCUCUACAAAACUUGACGGAAAAAUAUAUAUCCGGUUUAAGGAAAAAGAUAUGCCGGUUGAUAUCCAACAAAUAUGGACUCAGUUCACUUGUAACUACUGCAAGGGAUUGAGGAAUAAACCAAAAAUUUUCAUAUUUGAGAUCAGAAUGAUACAUGAAGUGGCAUUCGAGUCGACUCAGUUCAGAGCUCCGACGUAUUCUCUUACCUAUGACACCCCCCCUGAAGCUGACAUACUGGUUAUUUACAAUAAAACAACAGAUGAGACUCACGGCAAGCUCAUGAACAAACUAGGCAAGCACAUGAGAAAGUACGGACAGCGGGAGGACAUCAUUACUCUGGUCUCCUGCAUUCCUUCCAAUAAUUUUCGACCAAUGAUCAUCUCAACGUUGACCAAGAAGUUCUAUUUCACGCCAAGCGAAUAUCGAGGACAUCAUUACAAUUUGUACGAAAUAGAGAAAGAGUUGACGUAUAUCUUGCAGCAAAUGAAAGUUUCAGUUGAUUCGGCUCAAGAAAAAGUGAAAGAAAAAAAGAAAAUUAAGAAGAGGUUUUCUUUUCUAUUUCGGCCAAAUGGUAACUCUAACGAUGAACAAGAAAAGGAAUCAGAGGAAAGGCAUUCAAGAGAGACAGAAACACGAGGAUUGACACUUCCAGCUACACAUGAUUCUAAUGACAACUUCAGAUUCACAUACAGCGGAUGAAUAAAAAUCUAUCCUAUCAAUGUAUAUAUUACCUUAUGCUUAGAAAUAUGUUGUACUUUGUAUUGUGAAUAUAAUGUUUCAUCAAAA